CCCCUUCCCCCCUCCCUCCGUUCUGUCCCUCUCUCCACGAGACCAGACAAGGCACACGCAAUGCAAGAGAAAAAUUCGAUUACCACCACCUCUACAAUCGCAUCAACUAAAUCAGAAUGCUCAACCCGUUCGGAAUCAUCCGUCUAUUUUGCAGAUCGUUUACCUCUACAAAUCAUUAAAUCGGAGACAAUCCCUCCGGCGCCAACCCGUUCGGAAUCCGCCGUCGAUUGGUUGCCAGAAUUCGCCGGCCACUCAUGGAUCGCCUACGGAGCCUCCUCACUCCUCGUGAUUUCCCACUUUCCGUCUCCUCUCUCCGAAGAAGAGACCUUGAUCGGUCCCAUUUUCCGGCAAGUCUUCGAGCUCUCUGCCGACAGUUCCGCCUCCGUGUCGGCGGUUUCGUGGUCCCCGGCUACACCUUCGGCCGGUGACCUCGCUGCUGCGUUGGACAACUGUAUCGGCUUAUUUUCGCAUAAUUCGCGUGUUCCUGAUGGUUCUUUUUCUUGGAGCCAGACUGCAGUGCUUGUACAAUCUACAAAGAUUGAAACCAUCAGAUGGACAGGCUCUGGCGAUGGGAUAAUUUCAGGUGGUCUUGAGGUGGUCUUGUGGAGAAGGAAAAGCACUUCCUGGGAAAUAGCCUGGAAGUUUAAAACAGAACUGCCACAGACUCUGCUUUCAACUACCUUCUCAAUUGAAGGACCAUCAGCAACCGCACCUUUGAGAGAACUGCAUAUUGAAGAAUCAUCAUCCCUUUCCAGUGAGGCAAGCAAAUGUGUGUUGCUGUCUUACAGUGAUGGAAAAUCCAGUUACAUGAAAACUGAGCUCCACCAUCCUAUGCCUGUUUCUAUGAUUCAGUGGAGGCCUUUAAUAGGAAAACUAAUUUUAGAUGCUAGACAAUCACUGAGGCAUGUGUUGCUGACAUGCUGUCUUGAUGGAACUGUAAGGUUAUGGUGUGAGAUCAAUGAUGGAAGGUAUAGAAGAAUAGGCAAGGAGAUUCAUGACCAAAAGACUACAAAAAGAUCUUUUCAUGUUGCGGCUGUAAUUGAGAUUAACCAAACUUUGGAUGGAACUUUAGGCUCUGAUAUAUUUGUUAGAUGGGCAUCAGAAUGUGAUGGUGUGCUUACUUCUGGUAAGGAAUCCUGCCAAAGUUUCUCUUUGGGAGGCCAUUAUUUGCAUGAAAGGACAGGAAGGUGUGAAUGGGUAAUUGCAUUUGGUCCUCAUAUGUCGGUGACCUUCUGGGCUAUUCACUGUCUUGAUGACAUUGCCCCAGUGAGGUUUCCCCGGGUGACUUUAUGGAAGAGACAAGAAAUGAAGGAUGCCAAAAUGAGAACAAGUGGUUUGCUGCUUAACAAAGUUGUUAUUUUGAGAAGCAGUCUGUGUGGUCCACCAAGCUUAUGCUCUUUUCUUCAAUUAUUACCUUGUAAUUCCUUAGGCUGGUCAGUGUUUAAUACUAAGAUACCAAAUAAUAUAGAGGAGAAACCUUUACAUAAAUCAGGGAAGGAGAAAUUUUUGACAUGUUAUGCGAGUGGAGUUUUAAAUAUAGAUGGUCAUCGUGGAAAAGUUCUAGAAGUUGCUGUGCACCCCUGUUGGUACAAUACUGAAUUUGCUGUUUCUCUGGAUACUGAUGGGUUGCUUUUGUUAUGGUCACUUUCUACCAUUACUAAUUGUGUCAUGGAACUACCAACUUUGAAUCCAUCAUGGAGGCUUUCUGGAAAACUUGUAUGGCAGGACUCUCAUACUAAAUAUGUGAGCUUGACAUGGGCACCUUCAGUUCUUGAUGACGACUUGCUUCUUCUUUUAGGACAUGAUCAGGGCAUUGAUUGUGUUAUGACUAAGAUUUUCAGAAAUGAAGAAGAGAUGAUAUUAUAUCAGAACUUAUGCACUAUCCCUUUUACUAGUCAUUCUCAUAGAAAUGGGCCUAAAAAAGUCUAUUCGGUUCCUUUGCGUUCGACCUGUAAAAAAACCUUUAGCUUUAACAGUUUUCUUUUGAUAGCAGUGUGGCAGAACAGUUUCCGAGCUGUCUCAUGGAAAAUUACCGUCCAUUCUUAUGAUACUGAUAGAAGCUCCUGCGGGUGUGAUUUUAACACUGGAAAGUCUGUUGGAAACAGUUCGUGGGGAUUUGAAAGUACUUUUGCUGGCAAAAGAUAUUAUAUUGCUGUUGAUCUUUGCUCUUCAUUAUUGCCAGAUCCGCACAAGGAGGAUGAGGUCACAAGUUUUGCUGUAGUUAGUCCUAGUGUCUCAGUUUUUCCUGAAGAACAAAUUUGGACUUCUGCUGAUGAAUUGUGCUGUAAUUAUCCUGCAUAUCAUAUGGCAACAGGCUGCAUCAAUGGUACUUUGAAGCUAUGGAAAAGUAUUUUGUCUAAACAAUUGAACUCAAAUUUACAAUGGGAACUUGUGGGUACUCUUGCUGCACAUCAAGGCCCCAUCUCAUCAAUAUCACUAACUGAUUGUGGUCGAAAGAUUGCUACCAUCUGCUCAGGCCCUUCAAAUACUUCUGACACUGUUCAUAUAUGGGAAUGUGUAAAUCUUGUGGGUGUGGGAAUCUUUCUACUAGAAGAUAAAUUGUUUCUUGACAGUGAAGUUGUUGCUUUGAAAUGGUUAGCCAUGGGGGGUGGCCAGCAAUUGCUUGGGAUUUGCUUACAGAAUGAGUUGCGGGUAUAUGUUGAAAGACACAGUGGUGCUAGGACCCUGAUGAAACCAGAAAAGUUUUUGGGUGGAAACAUUUGGUGUUGCAUGGCAUUUUCUUAUACUUACCCUCCCAUUCGUGACUUCCUCUGGGGCCCUCGAGCCACAGCUGUGGUUGUUUAUGAUGGGUAUUUCUCUCUCUUCAGUAAGUGGUUAUUCUUGGCAGGUAAUAUAGAGGACAAGUGCAAUUCAGAACUUAACCAGCACGAUAUUCUUAACUGCAAGAGUGCAUCAGGUAGAAGUACAAUUAAUGCAAUUUUUAUUGCUCAUGAUACUUGUAAUUGCAAGGAAUCAACAGAAAAGGAAGAGUGGGGAUCUACACUCCCAAUGAAGAUGAAUAUACAAAAUGAUGUUCUCUCAAGCAUUUUUGCAGCGAGUGCUCAGCUGAAAUGUGAUUCAGAUAUAAAAGAUGCUUUCCAUAGCUUGCAAGAUGUAGCAGAGAAGUUACAACAAUUUCUACCUCUCUAUCAUCAUGAGGCACUUCUAAUGAAUAUUUCUUCAGGUCACUGGAAACGUGCUUAUGUAGCUCUAAGGCAUCUUCUUGAACAACUCUCCUCUAGUAUUCCUCCUCUGAAGGGAUAUUUCCCAGCAGAUUCUAGUCAUGCCAUUUCAUUAAUCCACUUGUCAAAUUAUCUUGAAGGAGUCCUGUCAACAAAUUCAAGUGAUAAGGCAUUUCAAUGGAGUGAGGAUGCCUCUUUUGUCACGACACAUAUGCAGCAUCCUGAACAUGUGAACCCAUUUGCACAUGGUUUAGGGUCUGAAUAUUCCAGUAACACAUUCAGUUCAUCUUCAGUAGAAUCUGAACUUUGUAGCUGUACUGCUGCAGUUGAGAAAUUGUAUGAUAUUGCAGCUAUAAGCAACACAGAAAAGAUGCAAAUUCUUGCUGUUGUUGAUCUUCUCCAAGAAGUUAGUAACCCACAAUCUUCUUCAGCUUACAAAAGUCUUGAUGAACCUGGUCAAAGGUUUUGGGUGGCAGUAAGGUUUCGGCAGUUGUGUUUUUCUCGACAAUUUGGUGCAUCUGCAUCUGUUGGAGAGUUGGUUUUUGACUCAAGGCUUUUUUCUUGGGCUUUCCACUCUGAUUGUCAAGAAAAUUUAUUUGGUUCCCUUCUACCUAAUGAGCCAUCUUGGCAAGAGAUGCGGAAUAUAGGUGUUGGAUAUUGGUAUACCAAUGCAGCACAAUUGCGUUUAAAGAUGGAGAAGCUGGCUAGACAGCAAUAUUUGAAAAGUAAGGAUCCUAAAGCCUGCUCACUUUUAUAUAUAGCAUUAAACAGGCUCCAGGUGUUGGCUGGUCUCUUUAAAAUUAGCAAAGAUGACAAGGACAAACUGUUGGUGGGAUUUCUUUCACGCAAUUUUCAGGAGGACAAAAAUAAAGCAGCUGCUUUGAAAAAUGCUUAUGUUUUAAUGGGAAGACAUCAGCUGGAGCUGGCUGUUGCUUUCUUUUUGCUUGGAGGUGAAAUCACUUCGGCUGUUACUGUCUGUGCAAAAAACCUUGGGGAUGACCAGCUUGCUCUUGUAAUUUGUCGCCUUAUUGAGGGGUAUGGUGGGCCAUUAGAGCGUCAACUUAUAUCAAAGUCCCUCCUUCCAUCUGCAAUAGAAAAAGGGGACUUUUGGCUGACAAGCUUUUUGGAGUGGCUAUUGGGGAAUUAUGUGCAAUCCCUUGUGAGCAUGCUUGGCUUUCAAAAGGAUCCUCCUAUUGAAAACUCAUUCCUUUUAUCCAAUCAUUCUUCUUUUCUGGAUCCAAGCAUUGGUCAAUACUGUCUAAUGUUGGCAACCAAAAACAGCAUGAAGAAUGCUGUUGGAGAACGUAAUGCUGCAGUUCUGGGUAGGUGGGCAAUUUUGAUAACUGCCAUUGCCCUCAAACGAUGUGGUUUUCCUAUUGAAGCACUGGAAUGCAUUUCUUCUCCUUUGAGCAUGUGGGGGGUCUUUGAUCAAGGAAGCAUUUCUGAUUUUGGAGAGGCUGAAGUCCUAAAGACAAUGCUAGUGCCAUCCCUGUGUACUUCACCAAUGAACUGGAUAUCGCGUGAUGUGGCUUUUCAUACGGAGGUGCAUGCUAAAUUAGAUUUAGCAAUGCAUUACAUCUCAAAAUUGUUGAGAGAGCAUCCAAGCUGGCUAGAUACCAACGUCUCACUUGCAGAUGCAUCUAAACCCUCCGAGUAUGAGAACCAACAGUACAAAAUACAACUCGAAAGUUUUCAACAAAAGCUUAUGGCAGGGCUCGAAUAUCUUGAGAACAAGUUCUCUCUGAUUCCUUGUCAUGUAAUUAACAGGAUUGUAAUUUUCCUGUCAAAUCAUGGCCUAUUGCUUAUGGGAUAUAACAUUUUACACGGCUAUGCUUCUUAUUAUUCCUCACAAGCUAGGAGGGUAUCAUUUGAUGGUUUUCUUUUAUAUCCUAUCGAGUCCAAGCUACUUCUGAAGGCUAUUGAAGAAUUGUCUUGUUUAUUUUCGAGGUAUAUGGUUUCCUGUUGUAUAACUUGCUCACAACCGAUGGUAUGCUCCACCUAUUCUAGUGCUGCUGGUGUAAAUAGACUUGGCUUGUUGACCACUUGGCAAUUUUACAUGCAAGGUCUCUUAUGGUCAUUGCGGAGGUUGAGAUCCUCAUUGAAAUUGUUGUCUGGUUCAUGUGCUGACGAGUUCAUUAGCAUGCCCACAAUUGUUCUUGAUUUAUCUGAAUAUUGCAUAUAUUUUGCAUCAGCAUGGCUUCAGGGGAAAUAUAAAGUUCUUUUUGAGGUUAUGAAACCCCUUUUGCUCGCAUGUACUAAUGGGCAUGCUCCUUAUGAAAUCACCACAGCAGAUCUGAAGAAGCUCCUACUCCAUAUUGAAGAGUUGCUGGUAAAGACUGCAUUGAAUGAUAAUACAGGAAGUUCUGUUGAUAAUGUGGGUGCCCCAAGCACUGGGUCCACUAUUUUUACACAAAAUCAUCAAAAUGAUAUUAUAAUGUCUUCAAUACCAGAAGAUGUGAGAUGGCAAAUCACUAGGGCUGCUUUGUGGGGACACAUCUCUGCUUUUCUGAAACAUCAGCUGAAUUCAUUAUCUGGGAGACUUGAAGACAGCUAUUCUUUUGGACCCUUUUAUACACUUUCAUCCUCCAUGUCUAAUUUUAACUUGUUUGAACAUUAUAGCAAUGAUAAGCAUGAGCAUAUGAGGCUGGUUUCCAUGGUUUUGGCUAAGUUACUGAAGACUACAUAUUCUCAAAUUUCUUCUGCUUGUAUAAAGCAACUUGCAUCAUUUCUACUGCUGGAAAUGGAGGAUGGAUCCAAGGAACUUACUUUGAGGUGGUUAGAAGGUUUUGGUGAUUCACAUCCUGGAACCCUUCACAAACAUCAUAGUCAGAGUGUUGACAGGCAGGAUACAAUGAACAUGGAAAAUGAUGUAUCAGCAUCCAAGAUGUUAUGGGAUUCUUUUGCUGACCCUAAAGUUAUUUAUGAAGGGCUUGCACAAGAAAACUUUAAGUGGCAGUGGUAUAUUAUGCCAAAACCUUCUAAAGAAUGGAGUGAUAUAUUUGUGGGCAUCACGGAGGAGUGUCAAGCUGAGGAAAGUUGUUACCAAGAAGGUAGGCUCAGUAGUAGUUUUACUGGCAGUGGAAUUGGAUCACCUGUACUGGGCUCAACACCAAGCAGUCAUUCUUUUCUAAGUUUUGGGCUACCAAAUAAAAUAAUUGCUGAGAAUAUCAUGCCUUUCCAGAGCCCUAAAGAAGUCUAUCGGAGAAAUGGAGAACUUUUAGAGCAGGCAUUAUGCAUCAAUUCUGUUGAUCAAAAGCAAGCUGCUGUUGCUAGUAACAGAAAGGGAAUAAUAUUCUUCAACUGGGAGGAUGAGCUACCUUACGACUAUUCUAACUAUAUUUGGGCUGAAGCUGAUUGGCCACAAAAUGGGUGGGCAGGAUGUGAAUCUACCCCAAUACCCACUUGCGUAUCUCCUGGAAUUGGUCUUGGGAGCAAGAAGGGGGCACAACUAGGGUUGGGAGGGGCAACAAUUGGUGUGGUUUCUUUGGCAAAACCAGGAAAGCACAUAACAGGUGGUGGAGCAUUUGGAACCCCUAGUUAUGUCGGUAUGAGUGCAUCUGGCCUAGGUUGGGAGGUUCAAGAGGAACUUGAGGAGUUUAUUGAUCCACCUGCCACUGUGGAAAACAUUAAUACUAGGGCGUUCUCAAGUCACCCCUCCAGGCCUUUCUUCUUGGUUGGAUCUAGUAAUACACAUAUAUACUUAUGGGAGUUUGGCAAGGACAAAGCUAGAGCAACAUAUGGAGUGCUUCCUGCUGCAAAUGUACCUCCACCAUAUGCCCUUGCAUCAGUAUCAGCCUUGCAGUUUGAUCACUGUGGACACAGAUUUGCAACUGCUGCAUUAGAUGGAACUGUAUGCACCUGGCAGCUUGAGGUGGGGGGGAGGAGUAACAUCUGUCCAACAGAAUCAUCUCUCUGCUUUAACAACCAUGCACUGGAUGUCACUUAUGUUACUGCCAGUGGAUCAAUCAUUGCUGCUGCAGGGUAUAGCUCCAAUGGUGUUAAUGUGGUUAUUUGGGAUACACUUGCUCCACCCACUACCUCUAGAGCUUCCAUCAUGUGUCAUGAAGGAGGUGCCCGCUCUCUUUCUGUUUUUGAUAAUGACAUUGGAAGUGGUUCUGUUUCUCCAUUCAUUGUGACUGGUGGAAAAGGUGGCGAUGUUGGACUUCAUGAUUUCCGUUACAUAGCUACUGGAAGGACAAAGCGGCACAAGCAUUUUGCUAGUGGUAAAGUGGAUAGCAAUUCAUCUUUGACUGCUGACAUGCAGAACCGAACUGGGGACCAAAAUCGAGAUGGGAUGCUCUGGUACAUACCAAAGGCUCACUUAGGGAGUGUCACCAAAAUAUCUACCAUCCCAAAUUCCAGCUUAUUCUUGACGGGAAGCAAAGAUGGAGAUGUUAAACUCUGGGAUGCAAAAACAGCCAAGUUGGUACAUCAUUGGCCGAAAUUGCACGAAAGACAUACCUUUCUGCAACCCAGCUCACGAGUUUUUGGUGGAGUAGUUCGGGCUGCCGUAACUGAUAUUCAAGUGAUUUCUGGUGGUUUUCUGACAUGUGGCGGGGAUGGGUCUGUAAAGCUGGUCCAGCUUAAAGGUCUUCAAUAGAAAAUCCUAGCAAGAAAAAGUGAAGUUUCACCCGAGCUAACUGAGAAUUCAACUGAAGCAAUAGAACUACUUUUCUCAGGAACCAUUCAACAAAAAAUAGGUUGAUUUCACGGUCCAUAUUUUCCCAAAGCCAACGCAUUGUCAUUGACAUUGUUGUCUGCUUAACGAGGGAGGGGAGACUGGUAUUCCUCUUCAGCUUAAAGGCUUUUCUUAUGGGCAUUAGAAAACUCUACUUCUGCCAUCUUUUGUAUAGUCAAGAAGCAGGAGCCAGUAUUCAGUGUUCUUCAAGUCACACCACGCGUUAUUCUCUGCUUGAAGUGUGGAUGGAUUUUUAAGAAGCUAGCGUUACCAGCCCCAUCAGUAGUCUUCUGCACCAAACUCAGCCAUGGAAAUACAUUCCAUUAGAAGUCAAAUGAUUUAUUUCUAUAGAGAAGGGAAGCUCUGACUAGGUUUCUCGUUCUUCAAGCUUUUUGCGUCGAUUCCUAGUUUGAGUCAGAGCUCUCGGGGGCUACAUGUUUAAUUGCUUCUUGUGUCAUUACUGUGACUCAUCUUCUACCCAAUCUUGUGAAUGUCUUAUUCUUGCAGGCAUAGGGUACCACUUUCCAGGUUCUUUUUACCCUUUGGCUUAAUUCGUUUUUAAACAGCAGCAGUCCGCAGUGUAUUUUUAGACAGCGAAAUAAUUCGCUAAAGAGCCGAGCGAAAAUGUAGUUUGUAUUUGCUCAACGUCUUAGUGUACAGAUUGAAAACAGUUCGAAGUUUUAAAAGUAAGUGUGAUUACUUGCUGCGUGUGUUUUUUGACCUC